CGAAUCCCCUAGCAAGAGCCGGGGUUCCUGGGAGUUGUAGUCCAUCACGGCGGCGAUCCCCGCUGGAGGGAACACGGUGGGUGUCCCGCGCGCACUGCAUCCCCCAGGCUGCUUCGCGGCCCCUCCUGCCCCGCCCCCUCCACACCCGCAGAGACUCCCCGGCCGAGAUGGCGGAGGGGCUGCUGAGCGCCGGCGUCAACCUGGAGGCCUUCGCCCAGGCCAUCGCGGCCAUCCAGGCGCUGCGCUCCAGCGUCACCCGCGUCUUCGACUGCCUGAAGGACGGCAAGCGCAGCAAGGAGGCCUCGGAGGGCCGCGAGAAGGGCUUCGUCUCCGCCUUCCAGGAGAGCCUCCACGCCGUCAGCCGCGACCUGGGUGAAUUGGAACGUCUAAGUAACCUAGUCGGCAAGCCCUCGGAGAACCACCCUCUCCACAAUAGUGGAUUGUUGAGUUUGGAUCCUGUGCAAGACAAGACGCCUCUCUAUAGUCAGCUGCUUCAGGCCUAUAAAUGGUCAAACAAGUUGCAGUACCAUGCCGGGCUGGCGUCUGGCCUUCUGAACCAGCAGUCCUUGAAGCGCUCUGCCAACCAGAUGGGAGUCUCUGCCAAGCGGAGGCCGAAAGCCCAGCCGACCACCUUGGUGCUGCCGCCUCAGUACGUUGAUGACGUCAUCAGCCGCAUCGAUAGAAUGUUCCCUGAGAUGUCCAUCCACUUAUCCCGGCCCAAUGGGACCUCUGCAAUGCUGCUGGUGGUGCCAGAGACCUUGAUGGAAAGAACAGGAGAGUGCUCUGAAGGUCAUUUCCAGCACGACAUUGACUCCGAUUCAAAUCAAGCCUGAAUCGCCGCCCGAUGACUGGUCACCUUGGGGAAGGUGCUCAAAGUCAUCGUGGUGAUGCGCAGCCUCUUCAUUGACCGGACGAUCGUGAAGGGGUAUCAUGAAAAUGUCUACAC